UUUCCUGUGCGAGCCUCUAAACCCCCAAAUCAGAAGGGGGAGCAAACAGAGAAAAAAAGCUCGAGGAAAUGGCGGCCUCUGGCGAGGGCGCGUCGCUGCCGUCUCCGGCGGGCGGCGAGGACGCGCACCGCCGCCGCGUGAGCUACUUCUACGAGCCGUCGAUCGGCGACUACUACUACGGGCAGGGCCACCCGAUGAAGCCCCACCGCAUCCGGAUGGCGCACUCGCUGGUCGUCCACUACGGCCUCCACCGCCUCCUCGAGCUCUCCCGCCCCUACCCGGCCUCCGACGCCGACAUCCGCCGCUUCCACUCCGACGAAUACGUCGCCUUCCUCGCCUCCGCCACCGGGAAUCCGGGCAUGCUCGACCCGCGCGCCGUCAAGAGAUUUAACGUCGGCGAGGACUGCCCCGUCUUCGAUGGCCUCUUCCCCUUCUGCCAGGCCUCCGCGGGGGGAAGCAUCGGCGCCGCCGUCAAGCUCAACCGCGGGGACGCCGACAUCACCGUCAACUGGGCGGGCGGCCUCCACCACGCCAAGAAGAGCGAGGCCUCCGGGUUCUGCUACGUCAACGACAUCGUCCUCGCCAUCCUGGAGCUCCUCAAGUUCCAUAGGCGUGUGCUAUAUGUAGACAUUGAUGUCCACCAUGGAGAUGGUGUGGAGGAGGCCUUCUUCACUACAAACCGAGUCAUGACAGUUUCCUUUCACAAAUAUGGGGACUUUUUCCCUGGUACUGGACAUAUCACUGACGUUGGGGCAGCCGAAGGGAAACAUUAUGCUCUCAAUGUUCCCCUGAGUGAUGGUAUUGAUGAUGCCACCUUCCGUGAUCUGUUCCAAUGCAUCAUGAAGAAAGUUAUGGAGGUUUAUCAGCCAGAUGUGGUUGUCCUCCAAUGUGGGGCUGACUCAUUGGCUGGAGACAGGUUAGGUUGUUUCAACCUGUCUGUGAAGGGUCAUGCUGACUGCCUCCGUUUCCUUAGGUCGUACAAUGUUCCUAUGAUGGUUUUAGGUGGUGGAGGUUACACCAUCAGAAAUGUUGCACGCUGCUGGUGCUACGAGACAGCAGUUGCUGUUGGAGUUGAACCUGAUAACAAAUUGCCUUACAAUGAUUACUAUGAGUACUUUGGUCCUGAUUAUACUCUUCAUAUCCAACCGAAAAGUGUGGAGAAUCUGAAUACUACAAAGGACUUGGAGAACAUAAAGAACAUGAUAUUGGAGAAUCUCUCAAGGAUAGAACAUGUUCCCAGCACUCAGUUCCAUGACAGGCCAUCAGAUCCUGAAGCUCCAGAGGAGAAAGAGGAGGACAUGGACAAGAGGCCACCUCAGCGCAGCAGAUUAUGGAGUGGAGGAGCUUAUGACUCUGAUACAGAGGAUCCUGACAACAUGAAAAGUGAGAGUAAAGACUUAACUGCCAGCUCCAAGCUGAAGCCAAAGCGAGGGAAACGGAUAUGGGUAUGGACGGAUAUAUACGGAUACAAGUACAAAUAUUUUUUUUCUCAGAUUUGGAUAUGGGAUGAACCAAAGGAUGAUCUGUAGAAGAGCCCCUGAGCGAGUUCUCUGCUCUCUUGAUUGUUGAUGUUCAUGCUGAAGAGUAGGGAAGCAUCUCAACAUGUACUAAUACCUUCCCCUGAGCAUCUGUAAGACACCGAACGUUUCGGCUGCUUCUGACUUCCCGCAUGUUAACUAGAUCUGGCCAUUAGGUGUGUUCUUAAAUGUGUUGGCCUAGAGAAGUAAAACGAUUGCGCAUGAGUUGCAUUGGUAUGGAUCUAGUAUGGAACAAUGCUGUAGUGAGUACCUCUUUGCCCAUUAAAUUUGUGAUUUUUGGGUACCUGCGAUGCGUCUAAGCUGUAUGGAUGUGAUUUCUUUUUGGACGGAUGCAAGCCAUAUUGUUGGUCA